AAAAGGAAGUGAAGACUGAAAGAGAGUUGGAAAGAAAGAUCACCCCUGCCCCCCCGGUUCUUGCCUUUUUCAUGCUUUAUCUCUCCUUCUUUCUCUCCAUCACUUGAAUACCAUUAUCCAUUUCUCUUUGUUUUACUUCCAUUUUCAUGCAAUCCCUCAAUCCCACCCCCUUUCUCUUUGCUUUCUAACUCUUUUUUCUUUUUCAUCCAACCUUUUUUUUUUUUAAUGGCUACCCAUCCAAACUCCUCUCUUCUUUUGCAACUUGUUUAACACUACUUCCUCCACUCCACAGUUCCCCCCUUUUCUCCCUCUCCUUUUCACUCAAACUCCCAGUCCACAACUUCCCAAGAUAAGAUUCUUCCCCUCCUCUGCUAGAUUUCUGGGAUUCUCUCUAAGGAGGAGUAGAGAAAGCUUCAUUAGGUCUCAUAUAUAUUUUCCAAAAGCCACAUCGUACGACAAAUUUAAAAGUCAAACCAGGGCGAACUCUUUCCUAAAGUGAUGGGCGAUGUUGCAUCAAUAUUGAGCGGUUAAAGUCCAGGAGCUCUAUAGGUGAAUCGAGCUUGGCUUGGCAUUUACGAUUUGAGUUAUUUUGAAGAUAUAUAUUUUAAGGGUGCUGCGGGUCCCUGUUGAUUCAUGGAACCAUCAUCAUCUGCUCCGUUUAAAAGGGCUCGACCUCCUGGCAAUCGAAACCAAGUACCUUCAUGCUUAGUCGACGGUUGCACUGCAGACCUCAGCCAAUGCAGGGACUACCAUCGACGCCAUAAAGUAUGUGAAGUCCACUCUAAAACCCCAAAAGUUAUUAUAAGGGGUCAAGAACAACGGUUUUGCCAGCAAUGCAGCAGGUUUCAUUGUUUGGUGGAGUUCGAUGAAGGAAAACGAAGCUGCAGGAAGCGUCUCGAUGGACAUAACCGAAGACGGAGAAAACCUCAACCUCAACCUCAUUCUCUAUCUGUAAAUCCAGGAAGAUGUCUUUCCAAUCUCCAAGGUUCUAGACAUUUACCGUCCAGUAGUCCCCAAAUAUUUGCCACUACUGCCAUAACCUCUUCUUGGUUGGGAACUGCCAAAAUGGAACCUGAUAUAGGCUCCGAAUCCAGCCGAAAUGGUUUCUUCAGUGGAUCCUUUCCACACAGCUACAAAAGGGAAGAACAGUUGUCAUUAUUACAAACCAAUCAUUCAUCACUCCAUGGAGUUUCUGUUUAUCAGUUACCUUUAUUAAGCAAUGGUGUAGGCAGCAGCCGAAAAAUGUUCUCAAAUGCGAUCGACUCCGAUCGUGCUCUCUCUCUUCUGUCAUCACAGCCGGCUGAGACUCGGGAGAUUGGUUUGAAACCCAUGGUGCAAUCUGGUCCAACUUCAUCACUGAUCCCAAACAUGCAGUAUAAUGGUGUAGCAAUGGAGGGUGAGCAUGUUUUGGCCACUGAUGGCAAUGGUAACACCAACAUCGAUGGACAAGAAAUGUUUGGAUCUGCAAAUGGUACUUAGCAGAGACUAUCCUUCUCAUAGGAGUAAUAUGCGCCAUUUCCAUCCGUGUAGCAUGAAAUCGGUGGGGUGAAGUAAUGCUUUUGAUAUUCAGAGCCUUUUUAAGCAAUGGCAAAUAUAUUUAUGUAGUUCUGAAACCAGAAAGUAGUUUGGGUUUAAGAUUAUCCGGUGGAGUUCAUCCAUUCUACUCUUCGUAGUAAUAAUAAUUGAAUUAGAAUCAAA